AUGGUGGGCUGUUCCUCGUGCUGCGUGUCUGCCGUCGGCCGCGGUGGGUGGGGCCGGCGCGGUGGGAACGACACACGCGGGGUGCCCACACACGACGCCGUCCACGAACGCCUAUUUGGGUUGUCGCGGUGCCGGCAGUGCACGUGCCAGGCGCCUCUUCACGUGGAUUCCGAAGACGACAGCAACUGCACCUUCACGCCUGCCGUCAACCACACGCAUGAGGCGCUUCUUGCGCGCUGGGCGGAGGGUGUAACUGUGUUUGAGCGGCUCUACGGCAACGCACUUUUUUUGCAGCGGCGACGGCAACAGUUACAAGAGACGAAGGCCUUCGCGAGACGCCACCGAGUGAGGCCUGCGUCAGCGACGGGCAGUUGGUACUCGGCGGCGGUGUCGCAGUCAGAAUCGGCGGAAUACAAGGCAACACGCGGUGUCGCUGCCAAGGUGUUAGUGAAGGGAGGGACGAAAGCGAUGUCGCCGCUUUGCUUCCAGGAGAAUGACCAACGAGGACCCUCUACGAGUGCGACGAUGCGCACUAGAAGACGACCGUGUCUCACGUGA